AUGAGUAGCGAUUUACUUAUUCAAUAAUCUCAAGUUUUUUACUUGUUAAGAGAAGGUUUAUGGAAAUCAACAUAGGUGCUGUGUCAUAAGGUAAUUUAAGAUGAAUAUACUUAGUUUUAUCAAAGAACUCAAGAUCCAUUCUUUCAAUUUUGGAGGGCGUUCUGCUAUUUCAAAAGUGGAAGUUUGAAUGAAGCAAUAAAUGAGUUAACACUUAUUAGAAAUAAAAAAGAAUUUUAAUUUGCAACUUCAGCAGCACUUAUCUACUAUUCAUAGUAACAACGUGGUGUUGAUAGGGUAUGAGCGAAAGUUUAAUUUUAUAGGAAAUUAUUGAAACUUGUAGACAAAUGUAAAGCGAGGGUCGAAAGACUCCAAAUGAUCGAGCAUUUUAGAGUGCCAUUUAUUUCUAUUUAUUUGUAGAUGAAGGUAGAAAGGCAAAGGAAGUUUUGGAAUUAUUAUCAUAAGGACAACCUAUAAGUUAAAUCACUUUAGGGUGGUAUAAAUUAUUAUAAAAGGAUGAAUAAAUAAAUGUGGUUGAAGUACUAGAUUACUUUUAAAGCAUUGGUGGUAUUUAAACUCAUAUUAUCAUUAGGAUAAUUCAAUUAAAAGCCAAUUGAAUAUUUACUAGGUUUGGCAAAGGCUUCAGAAAUAAAUAAAAAAUAUCCUAUAACAUUAGAUGCUUUAAAUGAAUUAAUGAUUGUUUGGAGAGAUUUUCCAUUUACAGAUGUUGAGAAGUUGCGAUUUUGUAUAUUUAUUUAAGAUUGGGAAUAAUUUUAGGAUCUAGCAAAUAAAAUACUCUAUGAUGAUCCAACUAAUAUAUUUGGAUUGAAAGCUAUAGCAUUUUACAAUUUGGCAAGAAAAGGAGAUGUAAGAGAAUCCUUAGAAAAAAUUGAAGAAUUAUUUAAUGCCAUUUAAAAAUAAGAAGAAGAUAAUGUUUCAUUAAUUUUGAAUUGUUGUUAAUUGUUAUCAAGAGUUUCAGGAAGAAAUCAAUAAAUUCUCUAAUUGACUAUGAGUUAAAUUUAGAAAACAAGAAAAAUAGCUCCAUUAUUAGGUGAUUUGUGUUUAGAAUUAGCUUAAGAAACUUUGAUGUUAGAGGACUAUGAGAAGGCUUACGGUUUUUUCUAAGAAGCAGCAGCUUUAGAUGAAGGAAGAAUGGAAUCUUUAGCUGGAAUGAUUUAAUGUAAAAUAUUAUAAGGAGUAAUUGAUGAUGCAGAAAAAUAAUUGGAAUUUGUAUAAGAAGUUUAAGUUUCUGUUGGAAGAACAACUGAAAUCGCAUUUUUAUAAGCCCUAUUAGAAAGUAAGAAAUCAGAAGGUACAGACUCUCCUAUUGCUUAAUAAUUCAUUGAAGAAACACUUAAACUUCAUUUAACUUAAAGUAAAUAAUUACUACCUGGAUAUGAAUUUUAUAUAAAGUUUAAUCCAGAUUUCACAUUUACAAUAGCUUAAAUGUAUCUGAGAAAUCUAUCCACCAACUUAAUGUUAGCAGGUAAGGAAUUACCAACUUCAGGUAUUGGAAAAGGAACAAAACUAUUAGAAAGUAUUGCAAGAUAAGCCCCUGGAUUAACAAAUGUUUAAUUAUUAUUAUCAACUGGUAAAAUGGCAUUAGGAGAUCCACAAGAAGCAUUGAAAACCAUUAAUAGAGUUUUAGAAUUAGAUCCUAAAAAUGAAGAUGGAUAUAUAUUACAUGCAUUAAUUUCUAUUAAGACUAAAUAAAUUAAUUUAGCAGCAAAUUCUUUGAAUUAAGCCAUAUCUAAUAAUUUUGCAAUAAGAGAAAAUCCAUUAUUUAUGUUAGUUAAGGGAGAGGUUGAGUAUAGAACUGAAGAUUAUAAGAAUGCAUAAAUAACAUUAGAAGCAGCUUAUGAACUAGUUGCAGGAAAAUAUAAGAAUAAAAUUAAAGUUAAAUCAAAAAUUGUAUAAUUUACAGAAAAAGAUAAAUGUCAAGUUUUUGUAUUAUUAGCUAAAGUGUAUGCAAUUAAUAAAAAAGAAACUGAAGCAAAAAAGAUUAUGUAAAAAGCUAUCUAGGAAUAUGCAGGUAGUCCUCAUGAAAGCACAAUUAUGAUGGCUAAUAGUGAAAUUGCUAUAGAAAGUGGAGAUAUUAAGAAAGCAAUUAAUAUUCUUAAGGCUGUUUAAAGUGGAUAACCAAAUUUUGUUAAUUCAAGAAUCAUAUUAGCUGAUGUCUAUUUAAAGUAUUUAAAAGAUCGAAGAAAUUAUACAAAAUGUUAUGCUGAAAUUAUUGAAGCUGAACCAACAGCAGAAAAUUAUAAAUUAAUUGGAGAAGCAUUUAUGAAAAUAAAUGAACCUUAAGAAGCAGUUUUAAGUUAUUAAAAAGCUGCUGAAUUGAAUCCAGAAGAUGAAGAAAUUACAAGAAUUAUUGGUAAUGCACUUACAAUGACAUAUGAUUAUCAGAAAGCAGUUAAUUAUUAUGAAGCUGCUUUAUAAAAGACUCCAGGAAGACAAGAUUUAUUAGUAGAUUUAGGCAGAUUAUAUUUGAGAAUGAAUAAUAUUAAAAAAGCAGAAUAAAUUUUAGUUUGGGAGAAAUUUAUUACUGAUGAUUAUGCUGCACCAACAUUGACAACUUUAAAAGCAAAUGCUUAAGGAUUUCUGUUAAUUGCAAGAAUGGUUACUAAAUUAUAAUAGGCUACAUUUAAUUAAGCAUAAAAUGCUGAAAAAGAGAAAAUCUAAUAAUAAUUGAUGGCAGAAUCUUAAAAAUUAAUAGAAAAAAUAAGAAAGGCAUUUGAAUUUGCGGUCUAAACAUAAAAAGAUGUUAUUGAAAAAAGUAAAUAAGAAGCUGCUAAUGUAAAUAAGGAAAAGGAAUAAUUAGGAUUAAUAUUUUUAGAAUAAGCUAGGUAUUUCUUUUAUAAUGAAAGAAAUUACAAGGCAACAUUAGAUUGUAUAGAUGAUGGUAUUAAAUUCAUACCUACAAAUGAAAGUUUGAUUUAGUUAUAAGCAGAAACAUUUUAUUAAAAUGGUGAUAAGAUUUCAUGCGAAUAAAAAUUAAAAAUAUUAUAAAAAUUGAAUCCAAAAAAUGAUUAUGCUUCAAUGAUGUUGUCAGAAUUAGUUUUAUAAUAAGAUGAUAGUGAAAAAUCAAUUUAAUAAUUUGUUUAAACCUUAUAAGAGAAACCAAAUUCUUUUGGAACUUUAUCUAAAGUAAUAGAUUGGUAUAGAAAGUAAAAUAGAUUAGAUGAAAUUUAAAUUAUUAUUGAUAAUUGUGCUAAAGCUACAUAAAACUAAAAUGAACCAGGAUUAUGUUUUUGUAGAGGAUUGUAUUAUAAAUAUAAAAAUUAACCAAAAGAAGCAUUGAUAUAAUUUAAUUAUGCAAAGAAACAUUAAUAAUAUGCUGAAGACAGUUUGACUUAUAUGAUUGAUUUGUAUUUGAAUCCUGAUUAAGAUCUUUAUUAUUCAAUAACAGAUGAAUAACCAAAACCAGUUNAGAUUAUGUAAAAAGCUAUCUAGGAAUAUGCAGGUAGUCCUCAUGAAAGCACAAUUAUGAUGGCUAAUAGUGAAAUUGCUAUAGAAAGUGGAGAUAUUAAGAAAGCAAUUAAUAUUCUUAAGGCUGUUUAAAGUGGAUAACCAAAUUUUGUUAAUUCAAGAAUCAUAUUAGCUGAUGUCUAUUUAAAAUAUUUAAAAGAUCGAAGAAAUUAUACAAAAUGUUAUGCUGAAAUUAUUGAAGCUGAACCAACAGCAGAAAAUUAUAAAUUAAUUGGAGAAGCAUUUAUGAAAAUAAAUGAACCUUAAGAAGCAGUUUUAAGUUAUUAAAAAGCUGCUGAAUUGAAUCCAGAAGAUGAAGAAAUUACAAGAAUUAUUGGUAAUGCACUUACAAUGACAUAUGAUUAUCAGAAAGCAGUUAAUUAUUAUGAAGCUGCUUUAUAAAAGACUCCAGGAAGAUAAGAUUUAUUAGUAGAUUUAGGCAGAUUAUAUUUGAGAAUGAAUAAUAUUAAAAAAGCAGAAUAAAUUUUAGUUUGGGAGAAAUUUAUUACUGAUGAUUAUGCUGCACCAACAUUGACAACUUUGAAAGCAAAUGCUUAAGGAUUUCUGUUAAUUGCAAGAAUGGUUACUAAAUUAUAAUAAGCUACAUUUAAUUAAGCAUAAAAUGCUGAAAAAGAGAAAAUCUAAUAAUAAUUGAUGGCAGAAUCUUAAAAAUUAAUAGAAAAAAUAAGAAAAGCAUUUGAAUUUGCAGUCUAAACAUAAAAAGAUGUUAUUGAAAAAAGUAAAUAAGAAGCUGCUAAUGUAAAUAAGGAAAAGGAAUAAUUAGGAUUAAUAUUUUUAGAAUAAGCUAGGUAUUUCUUUUAUAAUGAAAGAAAUUACAAGGCAACAUUAGAUUGUAUAGAUGAUGGUAUUAAAUUCAUACCUACAAAUGAAAGUUUGAUUUAGUUAUAAGCAGAAACAUUUUAUUAAAAUGGUGAUAAGAUUUCAUGCGAAUAAAAAUUAAAAAUAUUAUAAAAAUUGAAUCCAAAAAAUGAUUAUGCUUCAAUGAUGUUGUCAGAAUUAGUUUUAUAAUAAGAUGAUAGUGAAAAAUCAAUUUAAUAAUUUGUUUAAACCUUAUAAGAGAAACCAAAUUCUUUUGGAACUUUAUCUAAAGUAAUAGAUUGGUAUAGAAAGUAAAAUAGAUUAGAUGAAAUUUAAAUUAUUAUUGAUAAUUGUGCUAAAGCUACAUAAAACUAAAAUGAACCAGGAUUAUGUUUUUGUAGAGGAUUGUAUUAUAAAUAUAAAAAUUAACCAAAAGAAGCAUUGAUAUAAUUUAAUUAUGCAAAGAAACAUUAAUAAUAUGCUGAAGACAGUUUGACUUAUAUGAUUGAUUUGUAUUUGAAUCCUGAUUAGGAUCUUUAUUAUUCAAUAACAGAUGAAUAACCAAAACCAGUUGCAGCAGAAAAUUUAAAGGCUUGCGAUUAAUUACUAAAGGAACUUUAAAAUAGAGGGAGUAUGUCAAGGUAUAUUCAAUUCUCUAUAUUAUAGAUAUUUGGUUAUGUAGGCUUAUGUAUUAUAAUUGUCAGGUAUACCAAAAUCUAUAGAAAUGGCUAGUACUAUAUUNGUUAUGCUGAAAUUAUUGAAGCUGAACCAACAGCAGAAAAUUAUAAAUUAAUUGGAGAAGCAUUUAUGAAAAUAAAUGAACCUUAAGAAGCAGUUUUAAGUUAUUAAAAAGCUGCUGAAUUGAAUCCAGAAGAUGAAGAAAUUACAAGAAUUAUUGGUAAUGCACUUACAAUGACAUAUGAUUAUCAGAAAGCAGUUAAUUAUUAUGAAGCUGCUUUAUAAAAGACUCCAGGAAGAUAAGAUUUAUUAGUAGAUUUAGGCAGAUUAUAUUUGAGAAUGAAUAAUAUUAAAAAAGCAGAAUAAAUUUUAGUUUGGGAGAAAUUUAUUACUGAUGAUUAUGCUGCACCAACAUUGACAACUUUGAAAGCAAAUGCUUAAGGAUUUCUGUUAAUUGCAAGAAUGGUUACUAAAUUAUAAUAAGCUACAUUUAAUUAAGCAUAAAAUGCUGAAAAAGAGAAAAUCUAAUAAUAAUUGAUGGCAGAAUCUUAAAAAUUAAUAGAAAAAAUAAGAAAAGCAUUUGAAUUUGCAGUCUAAACAUAAAAAGAUGUUAUUGAAAAAAGUAAAUAAGAAGCUGCUAAUGUAAAUAAGGAAAAGGAAUAAUUAGGAUUAAUAUUUUUAGAAUAAGCUAGGUAUUUCUUUUAUAAUGAAAGAAAUUACAAGGCAACAUUAGAUUGUAUAGAUGAUGGUAUUAAAUUCAUACCUACAAAUGAAAGUUUGAUUUAGUUAUAAGCAGAAACAUUUUAUUAAAAUGGUGAUAAGAUUUCAUGCGAAUAAAAAUUAAAAAUAUUAUAAAAAUUGAAUCCAAAAAAUGAUUAUGCUUCAAUGAUGUUGUCAGAAUUAGUUUUAUAAUAAGAUGAUAGUGAAAAAUCAAUUUAAUAAUUUGUUUAAACCUUAUAAGAGAAACCAAAUUCUUUUGGAACUUUAUCUAAAGUAAUAGAUUGGUAUAGAAAGUAAAAUAGAUUAGAUGAAAUUUAAAUUAUUAUUGAUAAUUGUGCUAAAGCUACAUAAAACUAAAAUGAACCAGGAUUAUGUUUUUGUAGAGGAUUGUAUUAUAAAUAUAAAAAUUAACCAAAAGAAGCAUUGAUAUAAUUUAAUUAUGCAAAGAAACAUUAAUAAUAUGCUGAAGACAGUUUGACUUAUAUGAUUGAUUUGUAUUUGAAUCCUGAUUAGGAUCUUUAUUAUUCAAUAACAGAUGAAUAACCAAAACCAGUUGCAGCAGAAAAUUUAAAGGCUUGCGAUUAAUUACUAAAGGAACUUUAAAAUAGAGGGAGUAUGUCAAGGUAUAUUCAAUUCUCUAUAUUAUAGAUAUUUGGUUAUGUAGGCUUAUGUAUUAUAAUUGUCAGGUAUACCAAAAUCUAUAGAAAUGGCUAGUACUAUAUUGGCAUAAAUAUUAAAAAGUAAUAAAGAAUGGGUUCCAGCAAUGUUGAGUUUAGCUAUAAAUAAAUUCUUAAGUAAAAAAUAAACUGAAGGAAAGACAAUUUUGAAAUUGUUAUGGGCAAAGUAAGCUGAUACAAGUGGUUGGGAAAGAGAUGAAUUAGAAAGAGCAUGGUUAUUGCAUGCUGAUGCAUUUAUAUCUAUUUAAAAAUAUGAUUAAGCUGAAGAAAUUUUAAGAAAAUGCUUGAAAUAAAAUAAAUGUUGUGCUAAAGCUGAAGAAUUAAUGGGUUUAAUAAAGGAAAAAGAGUAAUCAUAUAUUGAUGCAUCUAAUUCAUAUGAAAAAGCAUUCAAAUUAACAAAUCAAAGAAAUCCUAUUAUGGGUUAUAGAUUAGCAUUUAACUAUUUAAAAGCAAAAGUAUAAAAAUAAAUCAUAUAAACUUAGCGUUUCGUUGAUGCAAUAAAUAUUUGCAAAUUAAUUCUACAAAUAAAUCCUGCAUUUCCUAAACUGCAAUCUGAAAUCCUGAGCAAAGCAAUUCAAGCCUUAAAACCUUGAAAAAUUAAAUAUUAUUAUAAG